AUGGGUUUGACGCCCUCCAAGAUCAGCCAGCGGCCCUCAGCGCCGUGCAAGCCGCUGAGCCUCAGCCACUUAGGGGACGAGUUGUUCUGCAACCUUUGUCAUGAGUUGGAGGUCUCCAGUCUGGGUUCCUUGGCCUGUAGCAGUCGUCACUUCCGCGCGCAGCUGUGCAACGAGGACGCCUGGCGUCAGGCGUUAUGUGCAUUUGGUGCUGCCAAUGUUCAGCAGCUUCGAGGCAUGUUGGCCCUCUCGGCCCCUCGCUGGCGGAGCCUACAUGGUGGAGAUAAACAACCACGCGCCAGAGAUCACCACAUUGCCUUUGGGGCCUCGGCGGGGCUCAUCAUUUUCGGAGGAAACGACUUCACCCGGGGUCACAUGAUGUCAGACGCCUGGUUGCUGGAUGUGAAGACUCACCAAUGGCACCUGGUAGCCACUGAGGGCUGCAAAAGACCAUCGCCAAGGACCUUCAACGCCGACGGCGGCGGUGGAGGGAUCCUCCGGGACCAGAAGACGCAGCGCGAGUGGAUGGUGAUCUACGGCGGCCUGCGAGGUGAAGGCUACCGCGACAACGAAACCUGGCUCCUGGGUCCCCUGGAGUCUGACUGUGCUCUGUGGCGAUGGCAAGAGAUCGAAGAAGGAGGUGGUCCACAAUCGCGGCUUCGCCCCACGCCCCGCUUCCACCACACGCAGACCGUGCUGGGGGACUCCACCCUGGCCGUCCUGGGCGGUCACGAUUUCAUGAUCCGACCCAUCCUGGCGGCGGGACUUCUGAAACUCCACGAGGUGAAGCCGGAGGGCGCGGCUGCGGCUGGGAUGAUGGGAGGCGAGGAUGAGAUUGAAUGGAACUCCUCUCUGACUCGCAAGGUCCAUCGGGACACCUGGAUCCUGGACGCUGACACGUGGCGGCCGACCUGGUCCAGACUUCCAGCCGAGUUUAUCGGCACGUUGGAUGGAGGGCGUUGCCAUGCUACUGCAUCCAUCCUCAAGGACCGCUUUCUGGCCAUUGCUGGUGGCUGCGAGAGGGUCGCCGGGCUACAAGGCGAUGAUGGCUGGAUCAUGGCUGGGCUGCAGGUGCGCCCCGAUUUCUGGAUGUUAGAUCUGGAGAACCCUCAGAGCUGGCAGAAAUUGCUGGACUUCGAUCGACCCGGCUGGUGGGAUUCCAGCAGUGUGGUGAUCCAUGAGAGAACGAUGCUGAUCUUUGGAGGACACGACAGCUCCCAGGUGAACGAAUUCAACGAUCCCAUGGGAGGCUACGCCAGCAAGGAGGAUGCGUUGCUCGUUCGCGUGGACCGCGAAGGGCUUGCUGUGGCCGCCAGCUACUGCGGCGAGGAGCCCGGGCGCGAGGCCUGCUACGGUUCCCUGGUGACGCUUCCGGGCUCGCGGGUGCUGUGCUGUUGUGCAGAUGCCACAGGUGACGAGAUGCAAGCCUUUGAGCUGUGUCAUGGCGAUGGUGACUGA